UCGAGUCCGUCAGAUCCAAUAUUUCGCAAUGGCACCGAAAACUAGCGGCAAAGCUGUCAAAAAGUCUGGCAAAGCCCAGAAGAACAUCUCUAAGAGCGACAAGAAAGGCAAGAAGAAGAGAAGGAAGGAGAGUUACGCCAUUUACAUCUAUAAAGUAUUGAAGCAAGUCCAUCCCGAUACUGGUGUGUCCUCCAAGGCCAUGAGCAUCAUGAACAGCUUCGUCAAUGACAUCUUUGAGCGCAUCGCCGCCGAAGCUUCCCGCUUGGCUCACUACAACAAGAGAUCGACCAUCACCUCCCGGGAGAUCCAAACUGCUGUCCGCCUGCUGUUGCCCGGUGAGCUCGCCAAGCACGCCGUCUCUGAAGGCACCAAGGCUGUAACCAAAUAUACGAGCUCGAAGUAAACCAUCAAUUUUCAUCUUUAACCGGCCCUUUUCAGGGCCAAAACAUUUCAACGUUAACAUUCUAGUCGUCAUGUGUCAUGAACAAUGAUUAUAUACCUUAUACAGUGAUUCGAAAAUUAAAUUUCAUCUUUAUUCCUACGUUCGAUCUACUUCCGUUCGAUCUUGUCAAUGACAUCAAUGUAAAUGAAACUUGGCUUAACUAAACACGAACAUGUGUGUAAAAACAUUCAAGAAGUCCUGCUACUAUUGAAUGCUAGUUGUUUGUGCAAUAACAGAUCUGCAAAUAUACACGGAUCUCGGAGAUUUAAUUUUUUAUUAUAUGGAAGCAGAUAUUCGUGUAGCGACUAAUUAUAUUGAUACUUCCUCCAAAAAUGUACAACAUCAUGCACACAAUCGUUACACUACCAAAUAAGUCUUGAUGAUCAAUUGCCACCCUUAUUCCCACUUGAAUUACUUUUUACUCAGCGAACUAAUGAUAAACCUAUCGGAUAAGAUUUAUGAACCUUAUCUACUACCUAUAGUCAAGUCAAUAGCUAUUUACAUCUUUUCCAUGCUGCCAUAAAUCCGUCCAAAAUAUUCACUAUCGAGUCAUACUUGUGUUCAAACACGACACAAUUGAAGCUAUUCCAAAAAUUGUAAAAUCGGUAUUAAUUUGAAAUGAAAAAGUUCAGAUACAAAAUUUUCUUGCACAGCUAAGAUUCUUUAUCUGAGUCAAAGUCAAAAUUUUGUAUAUAUCUCAAAUUUGAACGCUCAAUCAUUUUUAAUAAUGAAAAAAUAGUAGCAAAACCGAGUUCCACCACAAUUUCACAUGGAUGCAGCGUCAAUCACAUGGAUGUCGGUUUCUUUGAAUACUGAUUUUGAAGCAAUUUUUUUUUAAGUUUAUAAACAUAAAAAAAGUAUUAGAAUUUC